AUGCAGUUCUCAGCAAUCUUCGCCUCUCUCCUCCUCACCGGAGUCGUCUCCGCAGCACCAGCAACCAGCUUCGAGUCCAAGCGCGACUGCACCUGCGACCAAGGCACAUACCACACCGAGUGGGCUGACUGUGUCUUCCCAUACUUGGGCACUUCCCAACAGGCUUCUUAUGAGGCUAGCUGUGCCAGCACUGUUGUGGCUGAUUGCGGAGACUGCGGACCACUCUACUGGGCUAAGAGCAAGCGCGACUGCACUUGCGAUCAGGGUACUUACCACACAGAAUGGGCAAACUGCGUUUUCCCUUACUUGGGCACUUCGGAACAACUCUCUGCUGAGGCCAGCUGUGCCACCAACGUCACAGCUGCUUGCGGAGACUGCGGUCCUCUCUACUGGAACAAGAACAAGCGCGACUGCACUUGCGAUCAAGGCACCUACCACACCAACUGGGCCAACUGUGUCUUCCCUUACCUGGGUACCUCCCAGCAAGGCGCCGAGGAGGCCAGCUGUGCUAGCUCCGUCAUCUCUGAGUGCGGUGACUGCGGUGUUCUCUACUGGAAGUAG